GAAGUUGAUAAGGAUGAGACGCGGGGGUUAUUUGAUGGAAAACUCGGGUCAUGUUCAAGUGUUCAGUCCUUAGUUGAGCGCUGUAUUAAAGACGCAGCAGUCAUUUUAGUGACCGUAUCGCACGUCCUCCUUAUUUUAAAUCUUAACAAUUGUCUGGAAAUAAACUGGAAAUAAACCAAAGUUCUCUGGGAAUUUUUUCUGGAACAAGUUUGUGAUUGAUACAUACACAUUUUUAAAAGGAAAUAUUUGUUGAUGGAUGAUAAUUGUACGGAGUGAAAGGAAGGUAUACAUGGAUAAGUAGAAGGAAGUGAUAAUCCGCUCACAUCACAACAUGGCUGAAGAUCCCUCAGCCACAGAGGCUAGCAGGGCCCCCCAAAAGAUCAAAGUUACCGCCGUGGGCGACAGUGGCGUCGGCAAAACCUGUAUGUUGAUGACGUUUGCCAACAAAGAAUUUCCGUCCGACGGGAGGAUACCAUCUCUUUACGAAAGUGGUACUAUAAAAGCUGGUAGGAGUGACGCCUACGAAGUUCCGGUGACCAUUGAGGUCUGUGAUAGCACUUAUACUCUAGGAUUGACCGACACUAUAGGCGAGGAUGAGUACCGGAAAUUGAGAGAGUUAUUCACUAGUGGAACAGAUGUGUUUCUCGUGUGUUUCAGUGUAAUAGAACCGGAAACACUGGAAAAUGUCAAACGGAACUGGCUUACAGAAAUACGGAUAUUGUCUCCCAAGGCUUCUUAUAUUUUAGUAGGAACAAAAACAGACAUGAGAAACAAUUCAGACGUUAUAAAUCAGCUGAAGGAGAAAAAUAAACGACCAAUUUCAUUACAGGAUGGCAUCAAAUUCGCCAAUGCUAAUGGCGCAAAAACCUACGUAGAAUGUUCGGCAAUGAAUAAAGCUGGACUGGAAAACGUUUUCGAACAAUGUGUAAUGGCGGCCACCAAUAGACAACCUAUCAAAUUAAAAGACAAAAAUAAAGACAAACAGAAUCAACCAUGUGCAAUCUCAUAACAUAUCGAAGUUUCUUUUGCAGUAGACUGUUUUCUAGAAUUCUUGUUUGUCCGUGUUCGGUCGAUAUUCUCGCUGUCACUGAAUUCGGAGGAUAAUUCUCAGCAGCCAGUCCUCAAGAAAUUAAAAAAGAAAAUAUUUAAAGAGUUAUAUUAAAUGAUAACAGAUAACUGUGGAUUUAUCCAUAGAUUCAGUUUUAGAGAAAACCACCCGGCCUCAAGAACAUAUCACAUCCUUAAAACUAACUGCAUUAAGAAAUCCACAUUGCUUUGUCAUAUUCAUGUCUUAUUUUUCUUAUAUUUAGAUUUCUUAAGGUGUAUAGAUUAUGUUCUCCAGUUUUCAUUUCUUUGUAAUAUAUAUAAGUAUGAAUUUUAAUGCAGUCAGAUAUUCUAUAUAAUAGUAACUACUAGAA